AUGGGAUCACCAGCGACGCGUUUAGACCGACUCGUGUCGUUGCUGGACAUUGGGUCCUCGUCGGCCAUACGCAUGACCGCUGCGACGCAGCUGGGUCAGAUGGCGGCGUUGCGUGUGCGUGGCGCCAGUACAGCACAUGACAAUGCGUCCUCCAGCGUCGAUGCCGAUACCAUCAACGCUUCGUAUCGUGGCGUGGAUGGCGAAUGGAAUGAAGUACUUACGUUGCUUGCGCGUGUGGUGCCGCUGCUUGUCUCCAAGAGCUGGGAUACACGAAACGCUGCUGCGCAAGCCUUGUAUCAUAUAUGCCAAGCUGCUGGUGUUUGGGAUCCGGAUACCCCUGCAAACGAUUCCACGUCAGCGGAGGCCAAGGCCACCGACGUCCCAGAGAUUGUGAAGAAAGAAGAAGACGAGGAAGUGGCGUUGGCCCACGACGUGGCCCGCGCCAGCCAGGACCUUGGCUUUCCCCCGUCCGAGCAUUUAAAGCUAGCCGACUUUUCCUUGGCACAGGUCCUGGCCAAGGGUACGAAACUCUUGGCGUCAGCGGGACGUGAAUACGAUGUCCCAGAGCUUCUCAGCCAAGAACGACUGAAGCAUGCGAAGAAAGAUGUACUUGGAAAGCUAGGGCUUGGCUUUGGCGGUGCGGAUAUGGAUCUCGGUCUUGAUGUCGAGGCCGAGUUGUCUAUCAAACAAAGCAAAUCGGAAACGGCCUCGGCUGUACUGUCCCCUGCCCCUGCGGCAGAACCCGAUCCGGAGCCGGAGCCCGUCUCUGACAAGCCACUGAGUGCACGUGAACGUGCUCAGUUGAAACGCAAACGCAAACUCGAAGCCAAGGGCCAAGCGCGCCCAGCCGCGCGCGCCGAGCCUGAGAAACGGGCCAAACUCGACCAUAGUGCGCCGACCAGCAAAAUUGCCGCGGUCCAGUCUCUUCAAGGGAAGCGAGGCGAGUGGCCUUUUCGUGCGCUCGCCGAGUUUUUGAGUGUCGAGCUGUUUAGCCCCACGUGGGAAGUGCGGCAUGGCGCGGCGCUGGGUCUUCGGGAGCUCUUCCGGACGCAAGGCAGUGGCGGCGGCAAGACGCUUGGCGCCUCAUCGACUGCGAAUCAAGAGGCACAUGCAGCCUGGUGUGAGGAUUUAGCUGUUCGGCUGCUCUGUGUAUUUGCGCUGGACCGAUUGGGCGAUUUUGUGUUCGACCAUGUGGUGGCGCCGGUUCGUGAGACUGCCUCGCAGACGCUGGCCCAGCUUCUGCCGCAUAUGAGCAGCGAGUUGGUACGUGCGACGCAUCAUGUCCUCCUUGAGAUGGUACGCCAGGACUCUGUGCGUGCUGUACAGCUGGUAGGCAAGGAUGGGCAGAAGCCCUAUGUAUGGGAAGUACGUCAUGCAGGCCUUCUGGGCAUCAAGUACGAAGUGGCGAUGCGUGUGGACGUGCUUGGUGUGGAAGAUGAGAUGUUGGCGGACGUACUGGAUGUCGCGCAACUUGGUUUGCGGGACGAUGAUGACGACGUUCGUGCCGUGGCGGCUGCGAUGCUCUUGCCCAUUACCCGCAAUAUCGUGGCACAUCAAUUGGAGCGUGUACCAGCGCUCAUUGAUCAGCUGUGGGCGUGCGUCAGCGACAAGCGUGACGACCUUGCAAGCAGCGCCGCGAGUGUCAUGGAUCUCUUGGCAGCGCUCAUAGCGCAUGAUGAUGUGUUGCAGGUGGUGGACCGUGCGGCUUUAUCGCAGCGUGUGCCGUCUCUCUUCCGCUUUGUGCGGCAUACGAUUACCAAUGUACGCCUGGCAAUGCUCCAUGCCAUGCGAGCGCUGUUGCAAGCGCCUUCGCUCCCACGUGACUGGCUGGACGAUGCCUUGGUCCGCCUUCUCUUUCAGAAUAUGCUGGUGGAGGAGAAGCCGGCGAUUCGCGACGCUACGGCGCAGGUCUGGGCGCAAGUGCUCGAUGUGCUUGGGCCGCAGCUGGCAGAGUGCGUAGCGCCCCACGUGCCUGCUCUCUUCCAGCUCGUCCUCACGCCCAUUGGGACGCCGAUGAACAUGGCCCUGUUUUAUGUGCCGCCACGUGCUCAGUCCGAGCACAACAUCGACCGUGGGAUUCUCGCGCAGGACCUGACAUUGGUCAGCAUGGAUGUCGUGCUUCGUGGGCGUAUCGGUGCGGCGUCUGCGCUCGGCGAAGUGCUGGCCCAUGCGCCCAUGGCCGAAGCGGAUGCAUGCCGGCUUCUUACGGAGGCCUUGACAUCCACAUCAGCGCUGCAAAAGUGCUUGGCCUCUGUGGUAGCGCAGCGCUGGGCAGAGCGUGUCGAGGAUCCGGUGUCUUAUCUGGACACGCACGCCUCGUUCCGCGAGGUCCACACUACGCUGCUGCACCUGCUGGACGCGUCGAUGCCAGGUAUGUAUGCAGAGAUGCACAUCUUGCUGCAGCGGCUGCACCACGAGUGUCAGCAGCUCAUCACCUCGCUCGUGCGCGAUGCCCAUGUGGAGAGAGCACGUGUGCCGCCCUUGGUCGAGCCCAUGACCCUUGAGGCGGCCCGCGCCAUUGCCGACGCGGCGUCGUUGGCGCCAGGCGUGUCGACGGUGCAGGAACAAAAGAACAAGAUCGCGUUGGGUAUUGAUCGGUACGAAGCCACGAAGGAAACGAACGAUGUGCUGGUCCUGGCUGCGGUGGCUGGCGCCGUUGUCGCAUGGAGUGUACUGCCUCCUAAGCUCAACCCUGUGAUCCGCAGCUUGAUGAACAGCAUCAAGUACGAAGAACAAGUGGAUUUGCAGGCACGCGCGGCUCUGGCCGUGGCCCGUCUGAUUGCGCUGUGCACGGCGCCGACGGCGACCGCGAAUCCGAGCCCCAAGAUCGUCAAGAAUCUGUGUGCGUUUGUAUGCCAAGACACGUCGUUCACGUCGCUCUUUGCCGACACACAUACCAAGCGCGAUGGCAUUAUGUUGCUGGCCGCACAAGAAUCGGCUUUGCCGCGCCGGUCGGCUGCCAAUGUGCCGGACGAUACCAUGACGCCAGGCCAGUUUAUUCGUCGCGGUGCCGAGUGCGCACUUCGGCAUGUCUGCACAGAGUUCAGCGUACAUGUAUGGGAGCGGGUGCCGAUGCUGUGGACGUGCUCGGCUCAGCCAUUGCUGGAUCUCUUUGCCACUACGUCCUCGCUGGACGAGACACAGGGCCAAGCUGUGCUGGACGCCUGCUCGGUUCUUGAGUGCGUGGCGCCGCAUCUUGCGCCCGAGAUUCGCACACGUCUUACGCCGCUUCUAGACGCACUAGUCCGUGUGAUCCAGAGCGAAUAUGCGGUCAUCCGGAAUGCCGGCGCUCGGUGCUUUAGUAUGCUUACACGUACGGUGACAGACGAGGCGAUGCACAAAUUGGUUGAGUGCAUUGUUCCCAUGCUCGGCGAGGCGGAUCUCGCACGUCGGCAAGGUGCAAUGGAAGUGAUUUCGUGCACGGUGCGUGGCCAAGACGAGCGAUUGCUGCCGUACGUGCUUUUCCUGGUCGUCCCGGUCCUUGGACGCAUGAGUGAUAGCGAUGAAGCGGUGCGUCUGCUCGCGACGAAUACGUUUGCCGAGCUUGUGAAGUUGGUGCCGCUGAUUCAUGGCCUGCCUGACCCGCCCCACUUCUCGCCGGCGUUGCUGGCUCGACGGGAAACGGAGCGGGCCUUCUUGGCGCAGCUCAUGGACGGCUCCAAAGUCCAGCCUUACCAGCUGCCUGUGGAGAUGAAAGUGCAACUGCGUCCGUACCAACUCGAUGGUGUGAGCUGGAUGGCUUUUUUGGCACGCUACCAACUCCAUGGGAUUUUGUGCGACGAUAUGGGCCUAGGCAAAACCUUGCAGUCCAUCACACUUUUAUCCUGCCGUCACUUUGAGCGGCAGCAGCGGUGGGCGGCGACCUCUUCGCCCGAUGCUCGCCCGAUCCCAUCGCUGAUCGUGUGCCCGCCGACGCUGACAGGCCACUGGGUGCAUGAGAUUCAGCAGUACUCGCCCAACCUCAAGCCACUGUUGUACGCUGGUCAUCCCUCCGAGCGGGCACGGCUGCAGUCACAAAUUGAGCAUGCCGAUGCCGUCGUCAUGUCGUACGACGUGGUGCGCAACGAUAUUCAUAUGCUAGCGCAGCGCACAUGGUUCUACUGUAUUUUGGACGAAGGCCAUGUCAUCUGCAGUGCAAAGACCAAGACGACUCGCGCUGUCAAGCAGAUCCGUGCCCAGCACCGUCUCAUUUUGUCGGGCACACCGAUCCAGAACAAUGUGUUGGAGUUGUGGAGCUUGUUCGAUUUCCUGAUGCCAGGCUUCCUUGGCUCGGAUCAAUCUUUCCACGAGCGGUUUGCCAAGCCCGUACUGGCCUGCCGUAACGGCAAGCCCAGUGCGUCCGACAAGGAGGCGGCGACCUUGGCGUUGGAAGCUUUGCACAAACAGAUUGUGCCGUUCUUGUUGCGUCGGCUGAAGGAAGAUGUGCUGAACGACCUCCCGCCGAAGAUCAUCCAGGAUGUGGAGUGUGAGCUAAGCGACAUUCAAAAGCAGCUGUACGAUGACUUUAUCAAGAAACAGCACAAUGACGAUGAUCACGACGAGGAGAAAGAAGAUGUCGCGUCGGGUGCGCAGCAGCACAUUUUCCAGACGCUGCAGUACCUGCGCAAACUCGCGAACCACCCGUCGCUGGUGCUGGACCCAUCGAUUCCUGCCCAGAAGCAGCUACUUACGCAAGUCAAUGCACACCGAGGGACGUUGGCUGGUCUGGCGCAUGCACCGAAACUCCAAGCGCUCCGCCAGCUGUUGUUGGAUUGCGGUAUUGGCCUCGAUACGCCUGCCAACGAUGCAGCGCUCAUGGGGGCAGAUACAGCGGCGUCGGUAUCCCAGCAUCGUGUGCUUGUGUUUUGUCAGAUGAAACAAAUGCUUGAUGUGAUUGAGCGUGAUUUGUUCCAAGCGCUUAUGCCCAAUGUAACGUACCUCCGUUUGGACGGUAGUGUGAGCAGCGAUCGACGCCAUGGCAUUGUGCAGGCGUUCAACGCCGAUCCCAGUAUUGAUGUUUUGCUCCUCACCACCUCGGUGGGUGGUCUGGGUUUGACACUGACGGGUGCGGAUACUGUCAUCUUUGUGGAGCAUGACUGGAAUCCCAUGAAAGACUUGCAAGCGAUGGAUCGUGCCCACCGCCUGGGCCAGAAGAAGGUUGUGAACGUCUACCGUCUCAUCACGCGCAACACCCUUGAGGCUAAGAUCAUGGGUUUGCAGCAGUUUAAGCUGAAUGUGGCCAACUCGGUCGUGACGCAGCAGAACAAAUCCAUGGAGCAGAUGGAUACAGAUCGUAUCCUUGACCUGUUUGGUCCUUCGUCGGAGGCUACCGCGGCGCCAAGCAAGGAAGCUGCUCUUCCAAAGAUCAAGGGCAUCAGCCAAAAGGCGCUAUUGGCAAGUUUGGAGAACAUGCCUGAUAUUGAAGAAGACGAGUAUGCCAGUAUGACCAACUGGCGUCCUAGUACCUCCUGA